CAUCAUCCACAAAGACAACAACAAAGACGACAUCCAAAAGAAGUUGACCAUGACGAGCUCUUCGUCACCGUUGGGGUUUCGCAAUGCGAUGUUUGGCGUGGUGGCCGUUGUGAUGAUGCUGUCUACGAUUCUUCAGUUCAAUCGCAGCGUGAUGAUUUUGCUGGUAUCGAGCGAUACGUCCACAACAGUGAUUAGUACCACCCCUACUACCACAAGUACUACUAGUACGAGUAGUGGUAACAAUGGUACUGCCGUGUCGGUGGUGAUCAACAACAACAACAGUGAGAAGGAUAAAGACGCCGUGACAACCGCCAGUAGUAGGAAACGAGGUCGAAGGACCAUGAAGAAUCCCGAAAACAAGAAACCUCCCGUUACAAAACCUCCAAAAAAAGAAUCGCAAGAAGAAGUGGCCACAGCCACAACCACAACUACAGAAGUCACACCAACGUCAUCAUUGGUACCCACAGAACCAACAACUACAGCUAUUACAGUAACAACCAAUGAAGCCAACAAUUGGACAGUAGACUUCCAGGUAGAAAGUUUCGACCUGAAUGCUACCAUUGCUCAAGUGAUGGACAGGUGGGAACUGGGGAAUUCGUCUUCCAUCCUCCACACACUCUUGGCGGAUGUUUAUGGCCAUGAAAAUGAAUAUCAACCCGACAAGGACGUGAUUGUCUUUUUCCAUCCCCUCAAGUCGGGAGGAACUUCCGUCAGUAAUGUGCUGGAAAAGAGCAUUGGAGGCGUCGUGCCCGGAUCACAUGAAUCGGGAAGUUUCAACUUUAAAGGAUGGCAAGAACGCUAUUACAAAGACUCGCAAAAACACAAACGAGAAACCAGUCAAGACUUGUCGCGUCAAGAGUGGUUUCACCGCCAUAAAGUCAUCUUUUCUCAUUCGGGAUAUCGACGCGUCAAUCAACAAUUGUCCGAUGCGGCCGGUAUGUACCGGUACACCAAAAGCAAUCUGCCCCUCAAGCGAGUUCAACAAGUCACCAUGUUGCGCGAUCCCAUGUCACUCGUGGCGUCCAACUUUAACGAAUGGAUGUGCAAGGGUGCCAAAUGGGCCAAAAAGGCACAACUCUACGGCAUCCCACAAACGAAUGCCACCAAUGCGUGCGAUGGAUACAGUUUGAACGAAUUGACAUUGGCACGGAUCGAAUCGAACAAACGGGAAUGUUCCGGACGAACAGAAGCACAACUCAAACAAAAGAAACCCCAUCGACGACGUAUUUGCAAGGCAUUUCAAGCGGGACAACUCGAUGAUUCGCCUCAUUGUGCAUCCAUUCACGCGUUCUUGGCGGGGGGCAAAGAAGGCACGGAAAACAUUCUCACCAAUCUGCAUCAUUAUCCCAAAAAUAGCAAUCCGCGCAUGUCGGUAGAACAGCAUGUGCACAAUGCCGUGCGUUAUUUGGGGGGCAUUGAUGCCGUUGAAACCGACGCACAAGGUGAAUCACCACCCUACGGAGGCGACAUGAUGUGGUUUGGUAUUACCGAACGCAUGAAAGAAAGCAUGUGUCUCUUGCAUUACAAACUCAAUGUACCAUGGCACGAAUUGCCCACACGGCGGAUGCAGUCCUGUCGACCCGUCACGUACUGGACCGACGACGACAAGGCGUUUUUCAAUCAAACCAAUCGACUCGCGCGAGUACUCCAUCAAGCCGCCAAUGCCGUAUUGGAUAUGCAAUUGACAAAGGCGCGACAUGAAAUUGUGCAAAAGAAACAACGGGGCGUCGUACUGCCCGACGGAAUUGAAGAAUGCAUGGCGCCCAAACUACCAACAAAAGAGACGGACAAAAAGUAA